AUGCAGGAGGGAGCCGUAGCGAAGCCGCAUAGGAACGAGACAGAAGAGGAGCGGCGUGCCCGCAAGGAGAAGGAGCGUGCGGAACGAAAGGCAAAGGAGCAAAAAGAAGUAGAAAAACAGGCGGCUCAAGUUGCCUCCGGUGGUGACGGUGUGAAGAAGGAAAGCGAAGGGGGAGGAGCUGAGGCCGUGAAGAAGGAGAAGAAGCACAAGAGAGAUGAGACAGAAGAGGAGCGACGUGCCCGCAAGGAGAAGGAGCGUGCGGAACGAAAGGCAAAGGAAAGGAAGGAAGCGGAGGCGGACAAAACCAAGCGGCAAAUCAAUGACGAAAGUAACAGUACCGAUGGCAGAAAGCUGUUCGUUCGAGAUGAUGACGUGGUAUACGACGAGGUGGCAAUGCUACACCGGGAGAGCCAAAAUGAUGAAAGCGCAGCUGCGCAACAGAGCCGACAGAAUGAGGAGCUGGCCGCUGCGAUGAACGCGGAAAAUGACGCGAUUCGCCAAGCUGCCGAUAAAGCAAAAGAGGCCGCACGCCGUGACGCCCGCCGCCGCGCCGAGGAGGAGCGGGAGCGAGAGGCACUCGAGCGGCGAGAGAAGCGCCGCAAGGAACGCGAGACAAGGGGUGGCCGGAAGUUUGAGCCAAAAGAAGCUGCAGGUGCGGUGGUGGGCAUGAGUUCGCUUGGCGUGGCUGAUCUUCAGCGCCAGGGGUACCGCACGCAGUUCGAGAAGGACCUGCAGCGUGCAACAGCGUUGCGGCGCCUGGUGGACAUGGACGACGUGUCGGUCGCCCUAAUCGACGUUCCCCCGCAGUCGCAGUACGACAUGUACAUCCGCAGCUUCGGUGACACGGGCCGCAAGCAGGUGGGAGUGCAGGUCCCGGCGGAGGAGGACCGUGUAGACGCUGAGGUGCAAGCGGAGCGUGUGCGCGUGCGGCACCGUGGCGCCGAGGUGCCGGGAGACCUGGGGCUUUAUCCCGAGCAGUGCGCGGACCGCCCGCUGCACCUUGCCAACGGCGGUGGGCGUAAUGGUGAUGGUGGUAGUGGUGGUGUUGGCAUGGCGGAUGAAGCUGACACGGCUGCUGACAGCGUAGUGGGUGAUGCAUCCCGACCGCAAAUGGUGGAUAGUGCUCUGUUGGCCAAUUUCCUUGUUCGUGUCUUUCCCGUUAUGCGGACGAUUCUUGACGAGAACGACGAAGAAGGGGCAGGCAGGGAGGCUGUAAAGUUAAAGAGUGAAACACAGUUCUCAACAUCGUACACAACUUUUGGCUACGGCGCUACGCGUAAUCGGCCUGUCGUGAAGGUUCUUUUCAGCCCCUGCACACCUACGUAUGUAGCGGUGCUGCAUGGACCAAGUGCGGAAGAGGGUUCAUCAAAGGAGCUUGACUGCUACAUGUCGGUGAUUCUGCUGUGGAACAUCUAUGAUCCUUCGAUGCCCGAGAAAGUCCUCGUCAGUCCAAGUUCAAUCAGUUCUAUUUGCAUGAGUCCAAGACGACCCUAUUUGUUAUACGCUGGGGCUGAGAAUGGUUCACUUUACGCCUGGGAUACGCGGGAGCCGGAGCGAAACCAUUCCACGGCUGGUGUCUAUGAAAAUAACGCAUUUCGGCUUCCUUCUUUUGCCACUUCAUGGCUAUCUGGAAAUCAUAUAUCGCCUAUUGUUGCUGUUGCGGUGGCAGGGUACAAUGCUGCUGUGGGUGUUCGCAAAGACGAAAGUGAACAAUUAGUUUCCAUUGAUGCCACUGGAGAGACCCGUUUUUGGGUUGUCAAUGAAAAGGAUCAGUCUAGGGGCAUGAUCAGCGACACAGAGAAUGGACUGCAUAUGUUCUCCACCAUACGUUUAUUUCCAGCAACCUCUAAAAACGACGAUCGGACUAGCAGUGUGACUGUAAAACAAGAAGCUUUUGCUCUUGAUUUUGUUCCUUCUGAUCCCUCCCACUAUGUUGUGGCCUGUGCGGAAGGGGUUCGGCACAUUAGUCGUUUUGGCAGUGUGGCGGCACCGUCGGUGUACGGCCCUUACUCCCGCUUUUUUGGCACUCAAAUUGCUGUGCCAUCUUGCGUGCGUUACAGUACCGUUGACAGCCGUCUCCUUGUUGUGGGCUAUGGCGAUGGCAGCGUGCGUCUUUAUUUGCACACCGAGGAUGCCCCACAACUUUCCAUCCCUUUGAGCACCCGGUGUAUCACGGAGAUUCGCUGCAGUGGGGUGGGCAAGUGGCUUUUUUGGGUUCUUGAUGCUGGAGGUACGUUUUACCUGCUUGAUCUGGCAAAAAAAGAUAAGGAAUUCCCAGUCUUUUCCCAGACGCUUUCUCAGCCUGACACCGGCCUUUGUACUUGUUUUGACGUUCCGCCGGAGGGGAAAGCCGACACACGCGUAGUGGCGCUUGGUUUUGAAGGCGGCAUCAUGCAGCUUCACACCCUCAGCGAGCUUACGAAUCCACCGAGUUCGGACCGCAACGAACACUGGCUAUAG